AUGGCGCCGGCGGCCUUGUUGUUGACGCGAACUGCGGCGGCGACGGUGGCCGUGGCGUGCGUGCUGGCGCUUGGCGCCAUGGCGCAGCUGUCGCCGACGUUCUACGACGCGAGCUGCCCCAACCUGCAGGCCAUCGUGCGCUCCGGGAUGGCCGCCGCCGUGCAGCAGGAGCCGCGGAUGGGGGCCUCCAUCCUCCGCCUCUUCUUCCACGACUGCUUCGUCCAGCUGGGCGGCCCGAGCUGGGCCGUGCCGCUGGGCCGGCGGGACGCGCCGUUCCCGAACAGCACGGGCGCGGGGACGGACCUCCCGGGCCCGGACUCCGACCUGGACGGCCUGGUGGCGGGCUUCGCCGCCAAGGGCCUGACCUCCCGCGACCUCGCGGCGCUGUCGGGCGCGCACACGGUGGGGAUGGCGCGGUGCGCGAACUUCCGGACCCGCGUCUACUGCGACGACAACGUCAGCCCGGCGUUCGCGGCGCAGCAGCGGCAGGUCUGCCCGGUCCCGGCCGCCUCGGGGGCCGGCGACGACGCGCUCGCGCCGCUCGACUCGCUCACCCCGGACGAGUUCGACAACGGGUACUACCGGAGCCUGAUGACCGGCGCCGGCCUGCUGCACUCGGACCAGGAGCUCUUCAACAACGGGGCACUCGACUCGCUGGUAAGGCUCUACGGCACCAACGCCGCCGCCUUCUCGUCUGACUUCGCCGCGUCCAUGGUCAGGCUCGGGAACAUCAGCCCGCUCACGGGUUCCGCGGGGGAGAUCAGGCUCAACUGCAGGACAGUGAAUUCGUGA